AUGAUCUCACAAGUUAAUUUCAACGGGUCUCAGUCGCGAGAAGUGCGCGCAGCAGGUUUGGUCUCCUUGAGUUGUGUGAGGAGCGGUUCUCCGUGGUGCGGUGUUACGGGAAAAGCCGCGUGCGAGAGAUCCUGCUCGCUGCCACACAUACGUGGCCGGAAAGGCUUUCCAUCCAGAGGGGCCUGUUCCUGCUCAGUUGUGGCGCGGGCGAGUGAGGAGCUCGGCUUUUAUCGGGCGAGUCGCGGCCGCACCGCGGCAGAAACGCACAAUAUCUGA